AUAUGAAUAGUGAAGUAAGACCAAAGGGAAUUAAACGAGUUCUUGAAGAACAAAAUUUAUGGAUACCAGGUCUUAUAAAAAAGUGUAAUACAUAUAAAAAAACUAAGCCUAAUCCAAACAACUUAAACUGUUGUGCUUCACGUAUUCUUUCAGCUCAACCAGAUUUUGCAACUCAAAAAUUACACAUACGAGAG